CGCGCGCUCACAGUAUCUGAGCCUCUACAGUUUAGUUUCUCUUUUACCGAGCAUCUUGUCGCAGAUCAUUUUCUCCAUCUGAAGGUGAAGGUAGAAAGUGUGUGUGAGCUGAUGUGGAUGUGAAUGGAGCAGCAUGAAUCAGAGUGAGGACAGAGAGGAGGGAGUCCCUCCCUCUAAAACCACUCUGUGUGGGGAACAUGAGAGCCAGACCAAAGCUCAGAGCCCAGAGCAGCAGCACUCACCACACUCUGCUGGACCUGGACCUGGACCUGGACCCAGCUGUGUGUCCAUGAAGAGCAACAAGUCAAUGGAUCGUCCUCCUCUUCAUUUCAAACAAUCUGUUGAUGGAAGUUUCAGGAUCCAGCAGCAGAGACCAGACUCUCCUGGACCCAGCUGCGUCUCCUUAAAGAAGGACGACUCAAAGAAGUUUUUUAUCAAGUUUAAAAGGCGACGUCCAUCAGCUGAUCAGAUAGUGGACCAGGAGAGCUCAGAGGUUCCCAGUGGUCAGUCUGCCCAGCAGCAUCAAACACACCUGGACUCCAUAUUUAUGCUGCUGGAGAAGAACAUCGUCACUUUUGUGAAGAACGAGCUGAAGAAUAUCCAGAAGGUUCUGAGUCCAGAUUACCCAGAAUGCUUAGAGACUCAGAGGGAGGAUGAGGAGGUGUUGGACGGUGAGGAUGAAGAGCAGAGGAGCAGCAGAGAGGAGUUUCUGAAGAUCACAGUGAACUUCCUGAGGAGAAUGAAGCAGGAGGAGCUGGCUGACUGUCUGCAGAGCAGACAUUUUGCUCCAAUUUGUCGACGUAAACUUAAAUCUAACCUGAAGGAGAAGUUCCAGUGUUUGUUUGAGGGGAUCUCUAAAGCAGGAAACCCAACCCUUCUGAAUCAGAUCUACACAGAGCUCUACAUCACAGAGGGAGGGACUGGAGAGGUCAAUGAUGAACAUGAGGUCAGACAGAUUGAAACAGCAUCCAGGAAACCAGACAGACCAGAAACAACCAUCAGACAAGAAGACAUCUUUAAAGCCUCACCUGGAAGAGAUGAACCAAUCAGAACAGUGAUGACAAAGGGAGUGGCUGGCAUUGGGAAAACAGUCUUAACACAGAAGUUCACUCUGGACUGGGCUGAAGACAAAGACAACCAGGACAUACACUUCACAUUUCCAUUCACUUUCAGAGAGCUGAAUGUGCUGAAAGAGAAAAAGUUGAGCUUGGUGGAACUUGUUCAUCACUUCUUUACUGAAACCAAAGAAGCAGGAAUCUGCAGUUUUGAAGAGUUCCAGGUUGUGUUCAUCUUUGACGGUCUGGAUGAGUGUCGACUUCCUCUGGACUUCCACAACACUGAGAUCCUGACUGAUGUUACAGAGUCCACCUCAGUGGACGUGCUGCUGACAAACCUCAUCAGGGGGAAACUGCUUCCCUCUGCUCGCCUCUGGAUAACCACACGACCUGCAGCAGCCAAUCAGAUCCCUCCUGAGUGUGUUGACAUGUUGACAGAGGUCAGAGGGUUCACUGACCCACAGAAGGAGGAGUACUUCAGGAAGAGGUUCAGAGAUGAGGAUCAGGCCAGCAGGAUCAUCUCCCACAUCAAGACCUCACGAAGCCUCCACAUCAUGUGCCACAUCCCAGUCUUCUGCUGGAUCACUGCUACAGUUCUGGAGGAUGUGUUGAAAACCAGAGAGGGAGGAGAGCUGCCCAAGACCCUGACUGAGAUGUACAUCCACUUCCUGGUGGUUCAGACCAAACUGAAGACCAUCAAGUAUGAUGGAGGAUCUGGGACAGAUCCACACUGGAUUCCAAAGAGCAGGAAGAUGAUUGAGUCUCUGGGAAAACUGGCUUUUGAGCAGCUGCAGAAAGGAAACCUGAUCUUCUAUGAAUCAGACCUGACAGAGUGUGGCAUCGAUAUCACAGCAGCCUCAGUGUACUCAGGAGUGUUCACACAGAUCUUUAAAGAGGAGAGAGGACUGUACCAGGACAAGGUGUUCUGCUUCGUCCAUCUGAGUGUUCAGGAGUUUCUGGCUGCUCUUCAUGUCCAUCUGACCUUCAUCAACUCUGGAGUCAAUCUGCUGUCAGACGAACAAUCAACCUCCCUGAGGUCUAAACUGUUUGGAGACAAAUCAACACUUCUCUACCAGAGUGCUGUGGACAAGGCCUUACGGAGUCCAAAUGGACACCUGGACUUGUUCCUCCGCUUCCUCCUGGGUCUUUCGCUGAAGACCAAUCAGAUUCUCCUACGAGGUCUGCUGACACAGACAGGAAGUGGCUCACGGACCAGUCGGGAAACAGUCCAGUACAUCAAGAAGAAGAUUGAAGAGACUCCCUCUGCAGAGAAAAGCAUCAACCUGUUCCACUGUCUGAAUGAACUGAAUGAUCGUUCUCUAGUGGAGGAGAUCCAACAGUCCCUAAGAUCAGGACGUCUCUCCACAGAUAAACUGUCUCCUGCUCAAUGGUCAGCUCUGAUCUUCAUCUUACUGUCAUCAGAAAAAGAUCUGGACGUGUUUGACCUGAAGAAAUACUCUGCUUCAGAGGAGGCUCUUCUGAGGCUGCUGCCAGUGGUCAAAGCCUCUAACAAAGCUCUGUAA